UGGAGAAAUCCUGCCUACGUUGAACCCUGCACUGCCAGGCGGCAGAAUUGUGAGCUAGAGGGAAACAGAAAUCUAGGAAUAUGAGCUCCAUCAUGGCCAUGGGUGAACCAAGGCUGAACUGGGAUAUUUCCCCAAAAAAUGGCCUUAAGAUGUUUUUCUCUCGAGAAAAUUAUAAAGAUCAUUCCAUGGCUCCAAGUUUAAAAGAACUAUGUAUUUUAGCUAACAGACGUAUAGGAGAAAAUUUGAAUGCCUCAGCAAGUUCUGUAGAAAAUGAGCUGGCAGUUAGUUCAGCAACUCAAGCAAAGGAAAAAGUUAAAACCACAGUUGGAAUGGUUCUUCUUCCAAAACCAAGAGUUCCUUAUCCUCGUUUCUCUCGUUUCUCACAGAGAGAGCAGAGGAGUUAUGUGGAUUUGUUGGUUAAAUAUGCAAAAGUUCCUGCAAAUUCCAAAGCUAUUGGAAUAAAUAAAAAUGACUACUUGCAGUACUUGGAUAUGAAAAAACAUGUGAACGAAGAAGUUACUGAAUUCCUGAAGUUUUUGCAGAAUUCUGCAAAGAAAUGUGCACAGGAUUAUAAUAUGCUUUCUGAUGAUGCUCGUCUCUUCACAGAGAAAAUUUUAAGAGCUUGCAUUGAACAAGUGAAAAAGUAUCCAGAAUUCUAUACUCUCCAUGAAGUCACCAGCUUAAUGGGAUUCUUCCCAUUCAGAAUAGAGAUGGGAUUAAAGUUAGAAAAAACUCUUCUGGCAUUGGGUAGUGUAAAAUAUGUGAAAACAGUAUUUCCAUCAAUGCCUGCAAAGUUACAGCUCUCAAAAGAUAACAUAUCAACCAUUGAAACACCAGAACAAACAGCUGCAGCUAUGCAUUAUGACAUUAGUAAAGAUCCAAAUGCAGAGAAGCUUGUUUCAAGAUAUCACCCUCAGAUAGCUCUAACUAGUCAAUCAUUAUUUACCUUAUUAAAUAAUCAUGGACCAAGCUACAAGGAACAGUGGGAAAUUCCAGUGUGUAUUCAACUAAUACCUGUUGCAGGUUCAAAACCAGUUAAAGUAAUUUAUAUUAAUUCACCACUUCCCCAAAAGAAAAUGACCAUGAGAGAGAGAAAUCAAAUCUUCCAGGAAGUUCCAUUAAAAUUCAUGAUGUCUAAAAACACAUCUGUUCCAGUCUCUGCUGUAUUUAUGGACAAACCAGAAGAUUAUAUAUCUGAAAUGGAUAUGUCUUAUGAAGUUAACGAGUGCCGAAAAAUUGAGACCCUUGAAAAUUUGGAUCUGGAUUUUGAUGAUGAUGUCACAGAACUUGAAACUUUUGGAGUAACCACCACCAAACCAUCGAAGUCACCAAGUCCAGCAAGCACUUCCACAGUACCCAACACGAUAGCUGCUCCCACAGCCCCCAGCACGGCCACCACAUGUGUGGCAUCAACUGCACCAGACAUUUCUGCUCAUUCUAGAAGUUUAUCUCAGAUUCUGAUGGAACAGUUGCAAAAGGAGAAACAGCUGGUGACUGGUAUGGAUGGUGGCCCUGAAGAGUGCAAAAAUAAUGAUCAGGGAUUUGUACCAUGUGGUGAAAAAGUAUCAAAUUCUGACAAGUCUUUGAUGCAAGAUAGUGACUUGAAAAUGUCUGAUGACUUACAGUUAGAAAGUUCUAUGGAAAUCGAAACCUCUAAUAAAAAUGAUAUGGCUACUGAUGUGGUGUAUGCCGAUGAAAGACUAAACGUUCUAGAGAAUACAGACAAUUCAAAGGAAAAGACUGUUACAUCAGAAGCAGCUAGAACUGAAGACGUAAUUCUUUGCAAUAGUGAUACAGAUGAAGACUGUUUAAUCAUUGAUACAGAGUGUCAAAAUAAUAGUAAUGGAAAAACAGCCAAUGUGGGUUCUAAUUUAGGUUCUAAACCCACUAGCCCAAAUUCUUCCUCAGGACAGGCUUCUGUAGGAAACCAGACUAAUACUACUUAUAGUUCUGAAGAGUCAUGUGUUUUAAAAAAACCUAUCAAACGAGUAUAUAAAAAAUUUGAUCCAGUGGGAGAAAUUUUAAAAAUGCAGGAUGAACUCUUAAAGCCAAUUUCCAGAAAAAUACCUGAGUUGCCCUUAAUGAAUUUAGAAAAUUCUAAACAACCUGCUGUUUCCGAGCAACCCUCUGCUGCUUCAGAUGCCUGUAGUUGGCCAAAAUCUGUAUGGCCCUCUGCAUUUCAGAAGCCAAAAGGACGCUUGCCAUAUGAACUUCAGGACUAUGUUGAAGAUACAUCAGAAUAUGUAGCUCCUCAGGAAGGAAAUUUUGUUUACAAGUUAUUUAGCCUGCAAGACCUGUUGCUACUUGUGCGAUGCAGUGUCCAGAGGAUAGAGACCAGACCGCGUUCUAAAAAACGGAAGAAAAUCAGAAGACAAUUUCCAGUUUAUGUACUACCAAAAGUGGAGUAUCAAGCUUGUUAUGGAGUUGAAGCUCUGACUGAAAGUGAACUUUGUCGCUUGUGGACUGAAAGUUUAUUGCAUUCCAACUGCUCAUUUUAUGUUGGACAUAUUGAUGCAUUUACUUCAAAGCUUUUCCUGCUAGAAGAAAUUACCUCAGAAGAAUUAAAAGAAAAACUUUCAGCACUCAAGAUUUCAAGUUUAUUUAACAUCCUCCAACACAUUCUAAGGAAAUUAAGUGGCUUGCAGGAGGGUUCCUACUUGUUGUCUCAUGCAGCAGAAGAUUCUUCACUCCUGAUCUACAAGACAUCUGAUGGAAAAGUUACUAGGACAGCAUACAAUUUGCAUAAAACACAUUGCGGCCUUCCUGGUGUACCUUCCAGUCUCUCAGUUCCCUGGGUCCCAUUAGAUCCCAGUCUCUUACUACCAUAUCAUAUCCAUCAUGGAAGAAUACCUUGUACUUUUCCGCCUAAAUCACUAGAUCCCACAACACAACAAAAGGUUGGUGGAACAAGAAUGCCUACCCGCAGCCGCAGGAAUCCGAUUUCCAUGGAAACCAAAAGCCUGCCUGCUCAGCAAGUUGAAAAUGAAGGAGUGGUUCCAAAUAAAAGAAAAAUAACUUAAGGACUCCACCAUGGAAAAUGAAGAAAAACCAGUUAUAACAAUGUUCAAUUUAGAAAAGUUUGAGGGGAGAUAUGCCUAAAAGAUCAGUAGACGAGAUGAACAUUUUUCUUUUAGUGUCCUUGAAAGUUCUUAGAGUGCCUUGAAAAAACAUGUUGGCUAUGUGAAGGAAUGUUUCAACUAAAAUAGAAUAUUAUACUCUUAAUACUUGAUGUUUGAGGAAAAUCUAGAUAUGUUUUAACCUUAGCAUGACAGGGAGCUAUAUAGAGAAGAAAAAUAUUUUUGUAGUGGGCCUUUUCUAAAAAUUGUAAAUAAGAAAAUAAUUUACUUUUUUCAAGAGCAAUAUUUAUCAUUGUACGUUAUGUUAAUAAUUUGAGUUAUAUCACCAAUCUGUUGAGAUUGGCUCAAAAGGUUAAAUCUUGCCGCUGUCAGAGAUAAUUUUGAGCAACACAAACCUUGUUUCUGAUCUAUUGUGACAGUUUUUAUAUACUAUUUUAAGAUGAUUGUUGCAGGUUAAUAAAGUUAAUACCUUUAAGAACUUGGUGAAAUUCCAUUGCAGGAGCCAAAAAUUAAAAUUAAAAAUAAAAAAUUCCUUGCCUCUGAAAA